AAAUAUUGCACAAAGAAUUUUCAUUCUCAAAAGCAAAUUCCCUCAUCCCUUUUUCCCCACCCAUGUUCCAUCUCAUUGCCCCGCAUUUCCCUCUUCCCAAACACAGUCCAACAGAAAGAGCACUUAUUUUCCAAGAGCCCGCUUCUUCAGAUACCUCCUAUUUCGCACGCUGCUUUAAAGAUAUCCAAGUAAAAAAAGUGUCAUUCUACGAAAAAGUAAAAGCUGAGUGAUAGAGGCAAAAAAUGCAGUAAGAGAUUUGUGAAGAGGAAAAGAAUCAAAAUCGACGUUGACGAAAAUCUCUUUCUGUAACAACAAAUCAUAACCUUUUCAUUGCUCUCUCUAUAUAUAGACAGGUUUAUAUGUUAUAUAUGUAAUAUAAAUAUAUUGUUUUGAAUGAUAUAUUGGGUCGGCAUCUCAGAUUAAAAUUCAUCUGGGUUUUUUUUUUCUUUUCAUUCGUAAGCGCGUUUUCGGUUUUUACCCGGUCUUUUUUUUUUUUUUUUGCCCCUUCUCUGAUUCUCUGUUUCGCCGUUACGACGUUCUUUUUCUUUCGUAUUUUGGUGGGUUCUCGUAUUAAAUUCCAUUUACUGCGUUUCUAUUCUCGUGCUACAUGAAUUUAUAGCUUAUGAAUGUGGACAGUGGAAAAAAUUAUAUGAUUUUAUUAUGAGAUGUGUCCAAAUCCAUGGUCCUAUUUCCUUUCUUAAUGAGUAAUUUUCUUGUCCAAAUAUUUUAUUUUAUCUGAGAAAUUAAAAGACUCACCAAGUUCGAUAUUUGGUUUUCACGGUAUAAUAAUAAAGGUUACAAAUUUAUUAUUAUUAUUUUAUAUUUUUAUAUUUUUAUUUUUUGUGUUUAAUGUCGAAAAUGGGACUCCUUUCUCACAAGUCACUCUUUUGUUUGUUCUUGAUGACAUCAGUAGUGUUCAUAUUAUCGUGGUUUUUGGUGUUAAGAUCGACUGGUCCGCAUCACUCUGUUGAUUUUUCCAUAUUACCAAAUUCCAAGCUUUUUGCAUUGUCUUACAAUGAGAACUUUGAUAAGUCCUCUGUAAUGAGUGCUUCAAAGGAUAAAGAAGAAGAAACAGCUUGGAAUAAAUAUUCCAAGCAUUGUGAUCCCAAUAAGCAAGUUCUGAAGGUUUUUAUGUAUGACUUGCCGUCGGAAUUUCACUUUGAGUUAUUGGAUUGGAAAGCUGAGGGGAAGAGCGUUUGGCCAGAUGUCCGUGCAAAGGUCCCUGAAUACCCUGGUGGAUUAAAUUUGCAGCACAGUAUAGAGUAUUGGCUAACAUUGGAUCUUUUGAACUCAGAAUUUGCUGUAAAUUUAAGUGGUCGUAGUGCUGUAAGAGUGCGUAAUUCAAGUGAAGCUGAUGUGCUUUUUGUUCCUUUUUUUUCAUCCAUAUGCUAUAACCGGUUCUCGAAGCUUAAGCCUAACCAGAAGAAGAGUACCAACUAUUUGUUACAGGAGAAAUUGGUUAAGUUUUUGUUUGCUCAGGACGAGUGGAAAAAGUCUGGUGGAAGAGAUCAUAUAAUUGUUGCACACCAUCCAAAUAGCCUCUUAGAUGCAAGGAUGAAGCUGUGGCCUGCAAUAUAUAUUCUUUCAGAUUUUGGAAGGUAUCCCCCAACCGUAGCUAAUGUAGAGAAAGACGUGAUUGCUCCUUAUAGGCAUGUUAUCAGAAGUUUUAUUCAUGACUCGUCUGAUUUUGAUAGUCGUCCAACUUUGCUCUAUUUCCAGGGAGCUUUAUAUCGAAAAGAUGGUGGAAUAAUUCGACAAGAGUUAUUCUAUAUGUUAAAAGAUGAAAAAGAUGUACAUUUCUCAUUUGGAAGUGUCCAGAAAGACGGUGUCAAGCAAGCCACAAAGGGUAUGCACUCGUCCAAAUUCUGCCUCAACAUAGCAGGCGAUACUCCAUCCUCAAAUCGUCUGUUUGAUGCAAUUGCCAGCCACUGUGUCCCUGUCAUAAUUAGCGAUGAUAUUGAGCUUCCCUAUGAAGAUGUUCUCGACUAUUCUGAAUUCUGCAUAUUCGUCCGUAUAUCGGAUGCUCUCAAAAAGAAUUUCCUCAUAAACCUUAUUAGGAGCAUUGGGAAAGAGGAAUGGACGAGGAAAUGGAAAAGGCUGAAAGAAGUGGAAAACUUUUACGAGUUUCGGUAUCCAUCAAAGGACAAUGAUGCUGUUCAGAUGAUAUGGCAAGCUGUUUCUAGAAAGGUUCCGGCUAUGAAAAGGAAGCUUCAUAGGGCUAGGCGGUUUUCUCGUACUAUUGUUUCUGGACAAGGAGAGGUUAUGUCGGUCGAUAUCCCAAGAAAUUUUUGGUGACCGUUGAUUAGGUCUUGAAACUUUUUGAGAUAUCAAGAUUUGUGUGUUGAAGAUGGUGGAAACCCUGCGUGUAAAUGCAAGUGUUCGGUAGAGAGAAUGAUCAUGACCGAAAAAAUUGAAGAAAUGAAUAGGUAAAAAUGGGAUUCAAUUUUGGUUAUGUUUCAUCACAGUAGAAAUAGUUGAUCAAUUUUGUUCAUUUGUUUCUCUGUUGAGUUGUUCAAUAUUGUUGGCCAAGUGUAGUUUUAUUUGCACGGACCAAUUAUUAGAUGAAGGCACGCAGCCAGCAUUUGAAUUCUGCCUUGCCAAGAACUUGAAUUCAUGGAUGAUCCAUUAGAUGAACAUUGUACAUUGUGUAAGAAUUGCAUCAUCUUUGGUAUUUUUAUCUUUU